AUGGCUUCCAUCCAAGAUGGAGGGACUGCCUCAGCCCAGCGCGCCUCUCAAAGCACCACUGGCUACAAUCGUGAGCCAACCUACACUUUGUACUAUACCAAUGUGGAGCGCUUUCAUUGCCAGCGCAAAUGCAUGAUCUUGCUGAAGGGUGGCGAAGACGAACACGAACAUGGACAGGAGGUACCCUUUUGCUCCACUGGGAUCAACCAGCUCUACUACAACACGAUUGGUCAUGGUGGCACUAUCAAGAUCAUCGAGCCUCCCAAGAGCCAACUCCUGCCUCUCGCCAAGCUCCUCGACAUACCCAGUCUCUUGCGCUUCCCUCUGCCCCCUAUGGUCCUGGCAGCACCCAGCAUCGCUCUUCUGGAGAACACCCUUGUCAAAGCUCUUAACCUCCUGCACAACUGCAACAUCUCCUUUCCUGUGACCCGUCACAACCAGAUGUCUCUGUACGGAGAUGACUUCAGCCUUGUGGAUAACUGGAGCCUAUACUUGCACUACAAUCCUGAUGCUCGACAGAUCCACAUUGGGUCGAACGUUUCCCCAACCUGGAAAGAGGAUGAGCUUGCGAAAGCCAGAUUUCUAUUGUUCAUCCCAAAGAUCAUCACGUACAUUCGUGACAAGAGAUUUGCGACAGCUGGCGCCAAAGUCUUCCUCGACAAUAAAGCACAGGAUGACCUCUGUGAUUACUUCCAUCAUGCUGGCAUCAUUCCUGAUGUGGCUCAGUUUUGUGCUACCAAACUCAGCCCAUGCACAGCAAAGUUGGCUCUGAACUUUGUCUUUGGCUAUGUGGUCUGGGGCAUGAGCAACUGUGCCUACAAAGUCCUCCAAGAAGUCUUUGGAGACUCUGCAAUGACAAACCCAUUGUCAAUCUCACACAAUAUUCACGAUGCCAAUGCAGUCUAUGACUUUUACAAGCAAGCUGUGAAGCAGAAGGUGGAAAUGUACAACCAGAAAGCCAAUAACAGUAACCAGGUACAGACCGAUGUCAACAAUGACUAUGAUGAGGGCGAUGGCACCCUUGUCAAUGACUUCGACUCGGAGACCUACUGCCGCGACAUGGGUUAUCUUACCAGCAACAACAGCAUCGAGUACAAGCUCGAGCUCGAGCGCAUAAUGAUGCUGGAUCGGAUGACUCUUUCACGCCUCAUCAUCUGCCGUGCUGAGAUUGCCCAGCAGUUAAACCACCCACACCUCCAAGAGUGGUGGGAGCAGGCUGCUGAGCUCUACAAAACCUUCUUGGUUCUUGACAACACUGGACCAUCCACCGUAAAGGUCACAUUGUGCAGUAUGUUCCAGAACGGCGUGUACAAGCCCAGGAAGGAGCACCAUCCCAGCAACCCCUUUCAGCAUUUGGUGCUCCGAGGUUGCCGGAUCUGA